ACAGUUGUAUGUACGUAGAUUUUCAGAGGCGCAUGUUAACUCCUCUACACCAGAGGGCGCAGUAAGCAACAUAAUUCAUCUGUACAUCGACGUUUCCCAACUUCCACGCUGCAAGACUUGCUUCUACUUAAUGGAGUUUUCAGAGGAGAAUGUCAGAAUCCCGUUCGAGCAGAAACAGCUGGACGGUGUGUUUACCGUGCCCGCUGACGUCAGCGCGGGGUUUGCAGCCGUGGUAAUGACGCACGGCGCGGGGGGAGACCUGCACAUGGCUCAGCUGGAGAUCCUCGCGCGCGUUCUGGCGCGUUCAGGUGUUCUGUGCCUGCGCUUUACAUGUAAAGGACUCAACCUAGCGUUCAGGAUCAGAGCUUAUAGAGCAGUUGUAGAUUACUUAAAGACUCAUGAGAGGUAUACACCAAACAGUAUUUUCUUGGGAGGUCGUUCUAUGGGUGCACGUGCAGCCAUUGCGGUGGGUCGGCUUAUGUGUGAGGUGCAGGAGGAUGUAGUGCAGGGUCUUUUAUGUUUGUCAUUCCCACUGCAUCCACCAGGACAAACGCACAUGCACAUUCAGCGGAGCCAAGACCUCCGUGCAUUGUCCCACACUCCUGUGAUGUUUAUUUCUGGCACUGCAGAUAACAUGUGUGAACAGAAACUUUUGGAAAAUGUUAUGAAGUUAAUGCAGUGUCCUACUGCUGUUCACUGGGUCAGGGGUGCGGGCCAUGGACUUACAGUCAAGGGCAGGACAGAAGAAUCAGUCCUGGAGGAAGUCAAUUCACAAAUCAUUGCAUGGAUAAAACAACAUAAAUGAGACAUACAUUUGAUGAUGAUUAUGACGAUGACUGUUAUCUAUCUUUUAUAUAUAACUUCUUGAUGUAUGUAUUAUCCUUCCUAAUGUUUUUUUUUUAAUUGAAAUAAAUAUUGUUGCUACCAAUAAUACUAAUUUACCAUAUUUUAUUUAUAUACUAUUGUAAUAGUAAAUUUGUUCAUAAUUUAAUUGUACACUUGAAAAACAAGAAUUGUGUGAAAUGCUCGCUUUUAAAAGUCUUUGCUGUUAAUAGUAACAAUUUCAAGUUUGUGUAAAGAUGUAUUAAUACAGAAGUAUUAUAUUAAAUGAAAAUGAUUUAAUCAACGCUUAACAAACACAUAAUAACAUUUAAACAUAUUCUAACAAAUUUCGAGAAGAGUGAGUUACAGUUAUACUUAGAUUUUUGUUAUAAGAGAGUAAAUAACAGUU